GUUAAAUAUAAUCAUAGGCCCUAUUUAUUUCCUAUUAUCUCUUUAUAUACGUAUCUUAUUUUUUAUGACAACGAACGAUACAAUACAUAUCCACAGCACACAAACUAAAAGCCCCUGUAUUUUUGCAAAAUUUCCCAGCUUCCUCCUCCUACCAAAUAGCUUGCUUUCUUAUCUCCAAAAAUCCUUCUUUUGUUCUCAGUUUACUUUACAAACCCAAGUUUGUAUUGUUAAUCGCCGUUCAGUUUCUGGAAUGGAUGAUCGCAAAGAGAAGACAGAACCAUGGCUAUCAGUGCCACAAUUUGGAGACUGGGACCAAAAGGGUGUAAUGCCAGAUUACUCUAUGGAUUUCUCAAAGAUAAGAGAGAAUAGGAAACAGAACAAAAGGGAUUUGUCAAGAGCAAGUCUUGGAAAUGAGGAAGAGCUCAUUUCUUCAACUAAUAAAAAUGCAAAUACAGGUCAUCAUCACUCAGCCCACAGUGAUGAUCUCCAUUUCCAUCAAAACCACUCUCCAACUAGGUUCAAACCUCAAGUAGCGCAUAUUUUGCUGAGGGUCUACCGGAAACAGCCUCUCUACCUUCUCAAGAUAGGGGUAAGUUCUGCGUACACACACCUACCCUCCCUGACCUUUACACUUGGUUUGUUGUUGUUUGAUUGAAUGUCGUUCAUAUAUUAAAUGGUGGUUUAAAUUGGGCACAAGUGCUGUUCUCAUGUGGUUGGAUAAGUGCCAAACUCACAUGAAUAAUAUAAGCAAGUUGCAAGAAAGUGAUGCUUGCCUUAUUUGGUAAGCAACCUUUAUUGCCCACAAAAAUUCUUUGAGCAAGUAUCUAUCCCUAUUUCUCCAAAGCACAUGCAACGGAUGGACCCUUGAAGAAAACUGAAAUAAAAAUCAAAACAAGAGAAAUAAAUAGAUGGAAAAAAGUGUGGACAAAAACAUUGAUAUAUUGCUGAUUUAAUGUCUCUUGAGUUGAAAUAUUUAUCGGCAACAGUCUCUAUACCUUCCCAAGGUAGGGAUACUACCCUCCUCAGACCCCACUUGUGGUAUUACACUGGGUUUGUUGUUGUUGAGUUGAAAAAUUGAUUGUUGCAUAAGUUUUGCGCAUAUAUUAGUAUGAUAUUCUCAUUCCUAUGUUUUGAAUUUUAUUU